AUGCGCUACGAGACCUGGGAUGUCCUGCUUUUCCCGGCGAGCUCCAGGGUCCCAAUCCAGGAGUUCAAAACUCAAUGCUUCGUGACCAGGGACCUUGAAUCCCCUUAUCUCCAGAGUCCGGAGAUUCUCGGUCCAAUUGCUUUCUACCGUUCUCAGGCCAGUGUUGGGCGGAUCCCCGUUUUGACCUCUUUCAUCCCCAGUCUGGUCCGCGGAGCUGCAUUUCGCAUCUCAAUUCACAACUGGGACAAGCCUAAGCCCAGCCGGUUGAUCGAGAGCAUGAUGCAGCCAGAUGAUGUGCUGUUGUAUGAGGCCCGGGUCUUCAUUGAUGGUGAAUGUGUUGCUGCCGGUGUCUUCGGGCAGAGAGCGGCGUGGCCGUAUGUGAUCGGUAUCGACCGCGAUGGAAACCAGGACUAUCUCCGCUUUCCCCAGUUCCACUCUGAGAUCCUCGAACAGCGACACUGGGAUGCCGGCGAUGCAAUGGGCCGAAUCAAGAUUAUGCUUUCGGAAGGCUUUUCUCGUCCGAAUCGCUCGCCGCCGUUUGAAAGAGUCAAAGAUGCUAUCAUCUUCUCUUUCCAGCAUGCUCCUGAGCAAAUUUUGGAGUUUUCCCAAAUCGCAUGGCCAAACCCUUCCAUGUGGGGUCAGGAUAUACCCCGGCCUCUCUACAACGGCGUCCAGGGAAGUCUUGACCCGAAGGAGCCAGAUGAUAUUCAUGCGCAUUCGCCCCGAAAGCGUGAGACUUGUGCGCCCAUGACCUCGAUGGCAUUAGUGGCAUCAACCGGUCAGUUCAGCACUACCCAAGCACCCAUCGUGUCCAACAACGCUUGGGCUGCGGGCCGGGCCUUUCCCCUCCCGACUUCCCAGUGGCAUGCGCAAAGCCAGGCCCAGAAUCCCCGGUGGACAGGCCAACAGGGUCGCUACCAAGAGGCCUUCAUCGAUCCAUCCGUGGACCCUUUCAUCAAUGACCCGACCUGGCGACACCGCGGUGCUCGCUCAUCCCGCGAUGACGUCCCCAUGCCAGACUACAGCUCCAACAGCAGCCGGGCCAUUUCCAGCAUGACCGAAAUGAGCUACGAACUCAGCAAGCACCUUGACUCCCACAAAGCCUCCCAUUAUUCGCCCCCCCCUUCGAGCGCCGCUGCUGCUAUGGCCACCCUGAUGCCCACUGCCAAUGAUACUCCGGCAACCAUCCGCAAGGCAAGCAGCCAGACUCCGGGUGCUGGGCGUACUUUGGGCCUUCGUGAGCGUUCUCAGGCUAGCAGCCGUGAUGUUUCUGACUCUGUCAGCAUCCCGGCAGAGAAGGGUUCUCCAACCAAGAUUGGAGCUAGCCCCAGCGCCAAUGUGAAGAGCCGGAAGGAAGGAGAUAAGGAGAAAGAGAAGGAGAAGGAGAAUGACCAGGCACAGAAGGAGAAUGAAAGUGUCGGCAGUUCCAGCACCAGCACCAGCACCGAGCUGUAG